AUUCGGGUAAUCGUUAACAAAUUGUACACCAGUUGUGUGACCAUCGACCUGGUCAGUAUGACACUGGACAGACGAUUGCAGUGUUUGGUAUGGCUGUACAUCACCACACUCCAAGGUGUAACUGGAUUAUCCCUGGUGGUCAGUCCCUCUCCUACAGCCGAGAUCGUAUCCGGUCAGACCCUCAGUAUCACGUGUCAGUGGACAGCUGACUACACAGGGUCAAAUGCUGUUGUUAACUACAGACUGAAUGAUGGUGAAGGUAGAAUAGGUACAAUGUAUAUAAACUUUGGGACAGGAUGUCCAUCAGUACCACCACCCUACACACUUACCUGUAACAGAGACAUGAGGACACUGGGGAUACAGAUUCCCGCCAACAGUUACAGUCACGGGGACAGAUGGACGUGUGAGGGGAGAAAUGACAACUUUGACAAUACAACACCAACACAGACAGACACGACCACAGUGGACGUUAUAGAUCCACCGACUAACCCAGCCAUAGUGACCGGUAAUAGUGAUCCUGUGUAUGAUGGUGACGACAUUGAACUCCGAUGUAGUAUAAGGGGAGGUAACCCACUAGCCAGUCUGACAUGGACAUGUCCAGGUCGUAGCGUUACCUCUACAACAGCAAACACAGCAGACACGGCAGUCUCUGUACUAAGGAUACGUCUGACACCUUUAUAUAACGGAGCCAAUUGUACAUGUGUAGCUACUCAUCCAGCACAGGGCUUCAUGACAUCCCACACCGAGGUCUUCAACGUCUACUAUGCCCCUCGUAUCCAUGCCCUGACGGUGACUGACACGUUCCCCUGGCUGGCCAGAGAUACUUAUGUAGGCCGUCUGAGCUGUGACACUACAGCCGGUAACCCGCCUACCACACGGUACACGUGGUACAGGGACGGUACACCGGUCAGUUCCCAGACAUCACAGACGCUCCCCUUUGACCCACCUACCAGCAGUGAUGGCGGACGGUUGUACAGGUGUAGGGCUGAAAACGACUUCACCGACGCCAAAGGAUCGGCUCCGGAGUUGGACAUAACAUUAGAUGUACAAUAUGCUCCAGUUAUAACACUCUCGGCGUGUCCAGAAACAGUUAACGAGACAGACAACUACCGGUGUACCUGUACAGCUGUAGGUAACCCCAACCCUACUGUUACCUGGUAUCCUCGGGAUUCGUCGACCAACAACAUUCUGGACUUACCAUCUAUCAACAGGAACAAGGCCGGGCGGUACACAUGUAAUGCCACGUCAUCAUCUCAGAAGUUUGGGUCGCUAUAUACCCAGUCCGACCUCAACCUUGUGGUACAGUAUGCCCCGGAUGUAGAGUUGUUAGUGCAAAACGCCACGGAACACGAUACACAUUUAGUGAUGACAUGUAAUGCGGCAGGUGUUCCAAACAUUUACACUUACGGUGCUUGGACACAUAUGUACGGCAUAAUUCUCGUCAGGACCCUCACUGGUGACGUCACGACUGACGGCAGGACCCUCACACUGGCCAGCGUUUCAUAUCAGGACAGUGGAACUUACGCCUGUCAAGUACAGAACUCUAUCAGGGGGAGGGACGGCCAGCUGAUACAGACAGAAACGGCUGUCUUUGAUGUCAAAGGAAGCCCAAAACUACUUGAGGGUGGAUCGAUUGAUAUUGCGAACAAGGGCCAACCUUUUCGUAAGUCACUGGUAUUCAUCAGCAACCCUCCUCCAACAGACAUGUACAUCAGUAGGGAAGAGCGUCUCUCAUCCACACAGAAUCUUACGAUCACAUUUACAACAGAGAGCGUGUCCGACAUUUUCUACGGCAAGAUUCUAACACGUCCCGGAUACAAAGUAAAUUUGUAUUUCCCGACAUUCCAAAUCCAUCAGAUGGGAAACUAUAGUCUAACUGUCAUCAACCCGAUAUACCCACAUUUUGUAUUUCACUUUACUAUCUUAAUUAUAGAUGUCCCAGACACACCGACUGACCUGGUCGUUGACCAGAUAACAGCGAGUUCUGCCGUAGUGUCAUGGAAACCGGGUAAUAAUCGAGGCCGAGAGGACCAGCAGAUCCAUGUUUGGUUACUACAGCAGUCGUCAACCACGUGGGCCAUUAUAGAUGUCACUGAAGAAACUCCAAGCGUACAACUCACAAACUUGAUUCCUUCUACGACUUACACAGUUAUACUAUUCGCAACAAAUGAAAAGGGCAGUAGUAAAAAUUCAACAAUGCGAUUCACCACUUAUCAACGAGAAAAUCCGUCCAAAAGCUAA